AUGCGGGCAGCGGUACUCCGGGGUCGUCCGGACGCCCUCACGAUGAGGUCAAUUGGAUCUCUCGUGUCUGGCGCAAAGUUGCUUGAGAAAUCUCCAGUCACUCAAUCAUCGAUCUUUCGCUCUUUGAAUACAUCAGCUCGUCAGCCCUUUUCCAAGCGUCCCUUCGGUGCGGUUCCCAAGCCAUCGACCCUAGUUCGGUUUCAGUCGGAUAAAGCUGGCGUGAAGGUUGCUCCCAAGCAGCGGUCCAGGGUUCUGGCGGCUCUGUACCGAACUUUGGCUUUCUGCGGUGCUUUCGGUCUCGGGAGCAGCAUUCUCGUGGUCGCGUUUUUUCUCUACGAUGCCAGCACCUAUCGUGAGACACCGAGUGCUGCGGACAUCCCCGUCUCUGAAUUGGCUCUGAAUCCUCGCUGCGGCGGCCCCAAAAACCUACCAAUCGCUGAAUAUCUCGUCGAUGACUGUGACUCGGAGUCCAUGAGGGAGCAAAAGGACAAGCCUCGUCUGGUUAUUCUUGGUACUGGUUGGGGCAGCAUUGCGCUGCUCAAGAAUCUCAACCCUGGUGAUUAUCACGUUACUGUCGUUUCUCCAACCAACUACUUCCUGUUCACUCCCAUGCUACCCUCUGCCACUGUGGGUACCCUUGGUCUCCGCUCCCUGGUCGAACCAGUACGACGUAUUAUCGAACGAGUUCACGGACAUUUCCUCAAAGCUUCAGCCACGGACGUCGAUUUCUCGCACAAAUUGGUGGAAGUCUCUCAGGUUGACAACGAUGGGAAAACGCACAACUUUUAUCUGCCUUACGACAAGCUAGUGAUUGGUGUCGGUUGUGUGACGAAUCCCCAUGGUGUCAAGGGUCUCGAAAACUGUAACUUCCUCAAGGGGAUCGAUGAUGCUCGCCGAAUCAAAAACAAAAUUCUGGACAAUAUGGAACAGGCUUGUUUACCUACUACCUCCGAUGAAGAACGCAAACGUCUGCUAUCCUUCGUUGUCUGCGGUGGUGGCCCUACCGGUGUCGAAUUUGCUGCAGAACUAUUCGACUUGCUCAACGAGGAUUUGCUUCACUCUUUCCCCCGCAUCGUCCGCAACGAAAUUUCAGUGCACAUUAUCCAGAGUCGCUCACAUAUUCUAAACACUUAUGACGAAGCUUUGUCCACAUACGCUGAGAGUCGCUUUUCUCGUGAUGGGGUUGAAGUUAUCACAAACGCUAGAGUCAAGGAAGUGCACAAGGACCGUGUGCUCUUUACUCAAAUGGAAGACGGAAAACCUGUUACCAAAGAAAUUCCAAAUGCAUUCUGCCUCUGGUCUACUGGAGUUGCCCGUGCUGAGAUCUGCGAGACCAUAUCCAACAAGCUGGAAAGUCAAAACAACAAGCACGCAUUGGAGACCGAUUCUCACUUGCGCCUGAUUGGUGCACCAAUGGGUGAUGUUUACGCUAUUGGCGACUGCUCGACUGUCCAGAACAACGUUGCCGAAAAUAUUAUGAAGUUCCUGCGUACUAUGGCCUGGGAAAAGGACCGGGAUCCGGAGAAGGUUCAACUGUCGUUUUCUGAAUGGCGCGAUCUCGCCAAGCGUGUGAAGAAGCGCUUUCCGCAAGCAGCUGCUCACCUUCGUCGCUUGGACCGACUCUUCGAGCAAUAUGACACAGAUCGGUCUGGUACCCUCGACUUCGGUGAACUCUCGGAACUUCUUCACCAGAUUGACACCAAGCUCACCUCUCUUCCGGCUACCGCUCAACGGGCAAACCAGCAGGGAGUGUACCUUGGCCGUAAGCUGACCAAGAUCGCAGCAGCUCUGCCAGGUCUGCGAGCCAACGAUAUCGAAUACGGCGAUCUUGAUGAAGCAGUUUAUAGGGCGUUCAAGUACAAACAUCUUGGAAGUCUUGCGUACAUUAGCAACGCUGCUAUCUUCGACUUCGGUGGCUUGAGCUUCAGCGGUGGUGUCGUUGCCAUGUAUCUCUGGCGCAGCGUCUACUUCGCGCAGAGUGUCAGCUUCCGCACGAGGUGUAUGUUGGCGAUGGACUGGGCAAAGCGUGCCCUUUUCGGAAGAGCUAACAUAUAUACACGGCAGAUUUGA